GGUUUUUCGAGGAUGUCUGUGUACAUCUGUUCAAUGUAUGUCAAAUCAAAUCAGAUUUAGAUUAGAAAUGUCAAAUACUCCCAACCUAAAAAAUUAUGGAUUAAUAAUGAAAUAUAAACAAACCAAAUUUUAGGCUUAAAUAUUCCUACACAAAUGUUUUAUCAUUAUUUAUUCUGAAAUAUAAUAUGUUAAUAUCGCAGUUUCGUCUAAUUACUUUUGAUUUUACUAAUACUUUGUUGAAAUUUAAAAUAGGACCUGGACAACAAUAUGGGGAGAUUGGUGCUUUGUAUGGAAUUUCUUGUAACCAUAAGACUUUGGCAAAUAAUUUCAAAAACAAUUUUUAUAAAAUGAGUAAAGAACAUCCAAUGUACGGACGAAAUACUGGCUUAGGUUGGGAGAAUUGGUGGAAAAUAUUAGUUAAGGAAUCUUUUAAAAGCUGUGAUCUAAAUAUUGAAGAUAAAAAGUUAGAUGAUGUUGCAUCUCAUCUCAUUAAUAUGUACAAAACUUCCAAAGUAUGGCAACUGACUGAUGGAGCAAAUGGACUCUUAUCUUAUAUCAGAAGUAAAGGAAUACCUAUGGGAGUGAUAUCAAACUAUGAUCCUAGACUAAGCUCUACACUAACUAAUACAAAAUUAAGGCAUUAUUUUCAAUUUGUGAUAACUUCUUAUGAAAUAGGAUUUGAAAAACCCGAUCCCAAUAUUUUCCUAGAAGCAAUGGCAAAAGCAAAUAUUAGAGGAUUACAGCCAAUAGAAUGUUUACAUAUAGGUGAUCAAAAAUGCUUAGACUAUGAUGGAGCAAAAAAAUGUGGAUGGAAUGCUAUUUUAAUAAAUGCCGAUAAAAAGAAAUAUCCUGAUAUUAGUGAUAACUGUAUAUUUAAUAGUUUAUUUGAUUUACAUUUACAUUUUAUGGAAACAUCUAAGGAACCUUUAUCUUCUCAAAAAUUUUAAAUCAAAUCAAUAUAUUGUUUUACUUAUAAAGUUAUCCAGUUUUUAUUGUAAUAUUGAUUUGGGACUAUACUUCCAGUGAAAUAAACUAUUAUUAUUUCUAAUUAGGGAAUUGUUGGUUAUGUAUUUUGCCUUCUUGGCUAGUUCAUAAGGGUGUUGAGAAUUUAGUGUAAGUCAUCGGGAAGAAUAUUGUGUAAGAGUUGUGAAAACUGGAGCUCAUGAUUUAUUGUCUUGUCUUCAAAACCUAUAUCAUGUGACUAAUGGUUCAACACGCAAUGACUGGCUCCAUCGAAAGAUAUUAAAAUGUGAAAACCGCUAAUUUUCGCCUUGAGAGAUGUUUUUAGCUAAUGUAUUAGCCAAUACCUUGUAGAGUGACCUUUACAUACAUUUUUGGACUUUUUUUUAAGUUCAAUAACGAAUUGAGGUUUCUUUGUUUGAUAAGACUGUGGCAAAUUGACAUUAUUAGAUAUUUUUCCAUGGACACAAACUAAAUUCUCAUUCACAAAAAAAUUUAUGGAAAAAAUAGUAUUGCCAAUAUUUUAUAUGUAUGUAUAUAUAGAACAAUCAAAUAAAAUCGUUAAUAAAUGAAUGGGAGCGUGUUGGGAAAAGCUUGGACUAUUCGAUUUUUUACAAAAAGGGGUGUGUUACAUAUAACCCCCUGUAUAUUCUAAUUAGAUUAGAUUUUGAAUCCGUUUACUUCUACAACUUAGCUUUUAGGUAAAUUUUUUCUCCAAUCUGAACUUUUUCUGUAUUUUGUUCUGAGAUAUGUACCAGGUUUGUUCACUUUAUGAGGGAAGUAUGAGCCUCUAUCAUUUUGAUAGAAGUAUUCAAAAUAAAAAACGCACUGUACUGUUUACAUAUUUAAUCAACUAUUAGGUAGUUACAAAUAUAAUGAAAACUAUGAAAAAUUUUAUAACAAUAACGAUUUCAAAGUACUAAUUUUAUUCAUAAAAAAAUUCGUUGUAAUUGAACAUUUACAACUUCUACUACAUUUUUGUUGCAACAACAACUCCACAAAUUUAUUCAUACAAGAAGAUAGAAAAUCGAAAGUUUUUUAUUUAUAGGACUUCUGGUCCUGCUUAUAUUGAAAAAAAAAUUUUGAUAUUAUUUCCUACAUAAAUCUUGUUAAUUGAUCAGAGAAAUAUUCACAAACCAAUUGAGUCCUGAUAGGAAUUCCAAUGAAAUUGCAUAAAUUUACAAAUGUCUUAAUAUACUAAAUUCAAAAUAACAUACAAUAUCUUCAGUUCCCAUUUGUUUUAAUUCUAGACACCAAUUUGUGUAGCUCUGCUACCAAUUUUUGUCCUCUACCUUUUUUUAAGCACAGAACGAGGGUUUCUAUACAGGGUGACCAAAAACACAAAUUACAGAUACUAGAUGUGAUUUUAUAUCCAUCUAACCUAAUGUAAUUUUAUCCCAAAGUGUUAAGGUGUGUUCUGACCUCAGCAUUCAUGUGUUAAAGGAAAAUAAAACACACAACACACUGGUUCGUGCGCGAAAAUCAUCAAUCCAGUUGUUCUUACAAAUUUAUAGUGAGUAUUGUUACGAACAUGUCCAAUACAUAGGCUGUGAAGCCGGUCCUGUCCGGUUAUAAUGGAAUUCUAAUAUUUGGCGGCCCGUUUGAUAUACAACGAAAUUCGUUUGAAGUUUAUUUUUAUAUGUUUUUAUCAUAGCAGAUUAGUUUACAUUGUUUUUUUUGAACUAAUUUUUAGGAAGGUCUUUUCAUUUAUUUGUUUCUUUUUGUUUACUUUAUGAAAUUCUAGAAAUGUGUAUUCUAUUAUAUGUUUAGCGAAGUUAGUUUAUAAUAAAUAGUCGUAGUGAACGAAACGAAGUACAAAAAUAAAAAUAAGUAAGAGA